GGUUGAGGCCGGGGCUCCGGGGGCCUCCCUGCUCACCCCGCCCCCUCCUGUCCGUCCCCCCACCCGCGGCAGCCUCCGCUCUCGGUGCGGGGACCGUCCGGAGCGCGGGGGCCGGAGCGCGGGGGCCGGACGGGGCCGGAGGGGACCGGACGGGGCCUGCGGACCGGACACUGCACCGCCUCCGGGCUGGCCGCCGCCGCCGGACACUGGAGCUUCGCUGCGCAGCCGGGCAGAGUGGUUCAAAGCCUUUGGGCCAAUCUCCACCAUGAACAGGGCAUUCAACCGGAAGAAGGACAAAGCAUGGAUGCACACUCCUGAAGCUUUAUCCAAGCAUUACAUCCCCUACAAUGCCAAGUUUCUUGGCAGCACCGAGGUGGACCAGCCCAAAGGCACCGAAGUGGUGAAAGAUGCUGUCCGCAAACUAAAGUUUGCGAGGCACAUCAAGAAAUCUGAGGGCCAGAAGACCCCUAAGGUUGAGCUGCAAAUAUCCAUUUAUGGGGUGAAAAUUCUAGAACCAAAAACAAAGGGAAUCCAACACAAUUGCCAGCUCCACCGGAUAUCGUUCUGCGCGGAUGACAAAACCGACCGGCGGAUAUUCACCUUCAUAUGCAAAGACUCUGAGUCCAACAAGCACUUGUGCUACGUGUUUGACAGUGAAAAGUGUGCAGAAGAGAUAACCCUGACCAUCGGUCAAGCCUUCGAUCUGGCCUACCGGAAAUUUCUGGAAUCUGGAGGAAAGGACGUGGAGACAAGGAAACAGAUUGCAGGGCUGCAGAAGAGGAUUCAAGAUCUAGAAACAGAAAAUGUAGAACUCAAAAAUAAAGUACAACAUUUGGAAAAUCAGUUAAGAAUACCUCAAGGAGCUACGUCACCACCCCCACUGCUGCCACUGCCCCCACCACCACCACACAUAAAAUCUGCGUGUGAUGAGCAUCGGCCCUCCCAAAGAGUCUCACCUUUCUCGUGGGGUCCUAGUGAGGGCUCAGAUCCCCGGGGACCCAUCGGUGCCACCACCCUCGCUCCUGAGAACCCUCCCGGCUCCAGACGGUCCUCUGUACUAGCGUCGCCUCCCCAUCCGAGAGCUGCCCUCCCCAGGACAGGAAGCCAGUUCGGCAUCCCGAGACCUUGUGCGGGCAGCACGGAGCCUGGACCGCCACCGUCCAUGGACACGGAUGUCUUUGACAUGGUUCCCUUCUCCCCUGGAUCUCCUCCACCUUCCAUGCCGGCGCACAAUGGCACCCGGCCUCCUCCAGUGCCCAGCAGGCCCGCGGACACCAAACGAGACCUGUUUGGAGCAGAGCCCUUCGACCCCUUCAGCUGUGGCUCCGGAGACUUCCCCCCAGAUAUCCAGUCCAAACUCGAUGAGAUGCAGCGCCAGCGAUGGAGGGGUUCAAAAUGGGACUGACGUUGGAAGGCACAGCAUUCGGACUGGACCCCCUGGAUAGCCACUGCUGAGCCGACAGCAGGGGCUGGGCCCGUUUUCUGUGGCUCAGCAUCUGGGAUCCGGCUCUUCUCCACGUACCAACGUUCUGGCUCUCUUCACCACUGGGGUUGAGCUGCACUUCGGGAGAACUUGGUUCCGGUCCACUGUUGCCCGGGGACACGCCGCCCUCCAACGGGGACCGUGGGGCCUUUUCCGCGGCCCCCGUUUGGAGAACGGGAUGUCCCAUUUCCCAGGAGUCGGAACCCCCGGCCAGAAGCCAUGGCAGAAGAUGGAAGUUGCAGAAUAAUGGUCACGUCUCCUCGGUCUGCUGGGUGGGUCCGGGAGGCUCUGGGUAGGCCUCAGUUGAUCCCAGAGUGACUCGGAAGCUUAGGCUCGGUGUUCCUCCGGCCUGAAGCUCCUCCCACCCUGGGAACAUGGAGCUGGAUGAUCUGAGCCCUCGUGUCCAGUCUGGCGAGAUCACUCCUGAGCGUGAAGCUGGCCAGCAGAGCGGUCAGAGGGAUUGAAGAUCAGAGAAAGCUGGUGCGAGGAAGGAUGCCAGCUUCCUUGACCACCUGUACAGUUCAUCUCAUUCAGCUCUAAUGCGCCCCAAAUCCAAAUGUUUCCACUUUCAUGGAGCCUCAGCGGCUUCAGAUCUGCGGAUCCCAGCUUGGCCUUCCCAGUAGCAGCAUGGCCUAGUGAACAGAGCCCAGGCCUGGGAGUCAGAAGGAUCCAGGUUUUAAUCCCAACUCUGCCACUUGUCUGUAGGGUGACACGGAGCAGCUCCGAGUGGCUGAGCCCAGCCAGUCCGAGCUCUGCAUACAGUAAACGCUCAGUAAAUACCAUUAAUGGAUCGACUGAACGAUUGACUGCACUGUGGUGCUUGGUGUCCAACUUCAGCCUGGUCACCGAUGAGAUGGGCUUCCCGCCCUCAUCCCAAUUCCUGUUCAGUGGGCCAUUGCACAUGGCAGCAUCAAGGGGUCCUCCCCGGCUCUUCUGGAGUCAGCUCGCCUGCCCACCGCAGCAGGUAUUCCCAAGUUCACAGAGGCAGGGUGGAGCUCACGCAACCCAAGUACUCGCUGGGAGAUUUCAGUUGGAUCUGGUCUAGAAAAGAUCUCGUGGCCACCUCUGUUCACUGUUACACCCCAGCCACCAAUUCAAAUGGUGGUUAAAAAGCCAUCACUUCCAGUAGGUUGUGUUGCACAAUUUCAUUUUAAUUCCAUUACAUUGCUACUGUUCCACAGUGCUGCAGUUCCACAGUGCUACAGUUCCUAUGUUCACUUUAUGCACAGAAAUAAAGUUGCUGCUGAGAUUUAGUAUAUAGUUCACUCAUCUAUGCAUCCACUCACUUUCAUCACAAGCAAUAAACAUUUUCUUUUAUCUUGUAAUUCAGCGAUACCCUCUUCCUAGGAAGUAAUUGGUAUUUCUCUAAAGCCUUGUCUAAAACGUACCAUAUUUGGAAAUUCACAUUAAUUUGGGGAAAAUCCACCCCCGGAAAAACUUACCCUGACCCCAUAACACUCCCGAGAUCAGUAAACUAAUCAUGAUUCCAGUUGAUUUGUUUUUCUCCUUUCCUAGUCGUGACAUUUCUUUUUGAGAAAUAUAUCUGGCUCAUUAAAUUUACAUUUGAUUUCAUUUCCAAUACUCAAAUUUUCCCAGGAAAAAGUCAAAUGCAUUUGCAUAAGCAUUCUCAUUGCUCUACAAUGUAUAAAAUCCUUUCUUGAUUAGUUUUAGUUUUACAUGCAUAUGUCUUAACUAAUGUUAGAAUAAUAUUUGUUUCAUAAAAAGAAGUCUAUCAUUUUUUCUCAUCAUACAGUAUUUUGGAAUCUGUAUAAUCAGGAUAUUUAGUAGCCACAUUAGUGGCUUUUUUAACAGAUAGAAUUUGUAUUUUUAUUGUUCUUUAAAAGCUUUAUGGAAUAGGCAUAUAUUUAGUGCCCCUUACUAUCAAUGGUAACACUAGUGCACUAAGAUGAUAUUUGCACAAUUUAUGACGUAUUUCUUUACUGAUUUUUUAUGGUACCUAGUCCCAGCAAUGGCAUGAUUCAGUAGUUAAUCGUCACUCUGUUUCCAAAUGCUUACUCCAACAGGGCAUUUCUUUGAUGAACAAUCAGUUGAGAAACCAUAUUUCUAUGUAAUCUCAAUUAUAUGUCUGGCUUUGCCGUAAAUAAAUGUUUUCAAGGAAA